GAAAUUGACAUUUCUCAUUCAGCCGAAAGCAUCGGAUUAAAAUAAAAUCCGCAAUUGCUGUUCACUUGUGAAAUUGUUCUUUAAUAUACCUCGUUUCUAACGUUUUAUCCUUGAAAAGUUGCUUAAGUUUUUUUGUGAAAAAUGGGUUAUCUGAAAGUGUAUAUUUUCUUAGCGGUAACUUGCAGUUCUAUAAUAAUAGGUCAAGGAGGCGUAACGACAAAGAAACCUGAACUAAUCAAUCUACCGGCGAUCUCACCAUCUAUAGAGAGUGUAUCAGAUGCUGCACCUCCGGUAGAUGUGAUAGGGCCAUCAAAAGAGCCCCAGCAAUCUAGUCCUCAACCUGAAACUACGGCGGCUUCGACUACGAGCACUACUAGCUCUACUACCACAACUUCAACUCCUGCACCCACAACUACAACAGAACCAGCUCCAAACACCACUACAGUGCCUACUACCACUGUGACUCCUGCUCCUGAGCCAAAGCCGACACCUGCCCCUGGCCCGCUGCCCCGGCCCACACAGGGCACCUGGUUCUACACAGACAAGAAAACUAAUGUCACAUGCAUCCUUGUCCAGUUUGCUGCUCAGCUCAAUAUUACAUAUCCCAAGAAUAACACGUCAUCGUUGGGCUACGCUCUCCUCAACGUACCAUCCAAUGCGUCCGUCGUGGACGGCAGUUGCAAUACGACCUCGCAGAGCUUAAGCCUAGCUUGGGAUGAUGGAAACCACACCCUCACGAUGCACUUCCUCGCCAACGACACCACCAAGACGUACCUCCUCAACAGUUUAAACAUCACCAUCUCUUCUGAGAUACUCGUCAACUCCUCACUGUCUGGGCAUGUGGAUGUAUGGCACGGUGCGGAGUGGGCCAUGCCGAUGAACACGUCGUACCGUUGCGCGGCCGACACUCAGCUCAAUCUGACGGCUGAGGUGACCAGCGUGGCAGCAACACUGACGCUGUCGCAGCUGCAAGAAGAGGCAUUCCGAACCCAGCACAACAAUAAUAGCUUUAGCUCAGCGCGCGAGUGCGGCUCGCCGGACUUGCCGGACGCGGUGCCGAUAGCGGUGGGGUGCGCGCUGGGAGGGCUCGUCGUCGUCGUCCUCAUCGCCUACCUCGAGGGCCGCCGCCGCUCCGCCGCGCGCGGAUACCUCUCCAUGUAAAAGGUGAAAACCGUGCCGUAGUCAAUGUAAUAUAGAUAACUAAUGAAUAUAAUAUCGUUGCAUUCACACGAGUGUUGCCCUCAUCAAUACAUUUGCUCAAAAUUAAACUGAACAUCGGUAAACGUGGACAAUUCAGCUUAUACUGAACUUAGCAAUUUAAAGCUCUAAGAAUUAAAAAAAAACCGCUUUAAAAACACUUGAUUUUUUCUGAUGAAGUAACCAAAAUUAGGGUUAUAAUUUCUAGAGCUUAAUUAUGUUUUAUAGAAAUUAUUCUGCUUUAUGUCCAUGUUUAGUAAAUUACAUCUUUGACUUUUCAUCGCAGUUCUAUGAUUUUAAAAAUGUUUUUUUUAUUUUUUUUUAUCUGUGGUAAUCUAAAUUAUUGAAAACGCCGGCGAGUUGCAACUAAGAAGUCAAUACAAUUUUAUUUUAUGUUUUUUAAUGGCAACAUUUUGUUUGUUGCCAGAUUAAAAGUAUGUCUAAAUAUAAGCGAGUUAUAUUUUUAUUUUAAUAAAUGGAAUUAAUUAAAUGUUUUAUUUUACAUAAAUAUUAUAAUUUCGAGAAAAUUGAAAAUUUACUUUUAUUUGAGUUGGCUGAAAAAAUUCACAGUAGAGUUUUUUUUAUUUUCUUGCAUAAUAGUUUUGGAGAUAUUUUUGUAUGCGAAAAACCUGAAAUUAAAAAAGGUGCAUCGAAAAGUGUUUAAAGCUGGGAGUUUUCAUUAUCGAAAUACUUGUAAAAAACAUACACCUCUCUUAUUCUCUUUAGGAGUAAAAGAGACAACGAUAUGUAUAAAAACAAUUAUCUAGAUAAUGUUCAUUAAAAAUGUAGAAAUGUGAUUUUUAGUAGUUUUAAUGAGUUGGGUAAAUUAAUUUUUUUUAUUAUUUUUUAUUCAAAUAUUGUCAUUGAAAGUUCUUAGAGGUCAUUCAUUUCAUUUCACGCAUCUGUCCAUUUUAAUUAAGUAUAACAAUAGAAGUAACGGCAGUGUCUUGUAACAUGUUUCACCGUGAGGUUCCAUUGGAAAAACGUACAAAAAACAAUAAAAAAUUGCAAAAAAUCCCUUAAUGGCCUUAAUUCACGGUUUAUUUAUUCUGUAAGUCUCUCGAUUUAUUUCAACUUUCAAAGUUCUGUCGUUUUGUUCCAAUAUAUGGAUUGGAAUUAUGUCUUGUCGGAAAACCAUCAAGAUAUGUUAG